AUGGAGGAAAGCCCCCAAAGCUUAAAUCAAACUCAUGGCCAUGUCCUAGUUGUGGCAUUUCCAACACAAGGACAUGUAGGUCCUCUCAUGAAGUUAGCUCAUCAGAUUGCCAAUCAUGGGAUUAAGGUCACUUUUGUGACUACAGAGUUUGUACUUUCAAAAAUGGCCACUUCAUCGCCUGAGGUGGGUGGCGAAAAUAAACAGGUCAAGCUAGUUUCAGUCCCAGAUGGGCUAGAACCCGAGGAUGACCGGAAAGAUCAGAGUAAAAUGACCCAGAAGAUUAGUGAAGUCAUGCCUGGUCAUUUGGAGGACCUGAUAAAGAAGACCAAUCAAUUGGGAAGUAAUGAUAAGAUCACUGGUGUCAUUGCUGAUAAUGCAUUAGGAUGGGCAUUGGAGAUUUCUGGGAAGAUGGGGAUAAAGGGUGGUCUGUAUUGGUGUUCUUCACCAGGAUGCUUGGCACUCACAAACAACAUUCCAAAGCUUAUUGAGGACAAAGUCAUUGGCAUUGAUGGAACACAACUGACAAACAAGAAGAUUCAAAUAUCUCCAAUCAUGCCUGCAAUGAGCACUGCUGAGUUCACCUGGCAUUUUCCAGGCGAUCCGAUUAUGCAAAAGGGCAUGUUUCAAUAUAUCAAAUCUCUUGUGCCGUAUAUGAAGAGUUCAAACUGGCUAAUUUGCAAUUGGUUCCAUGAUCUCGACCCUUCAGCCUGUGAUUUGAACCCAAACGUUUUAUCAAUCGGUCCAUUACAGGCCGCUGGCCAAAUUGCUGGGAGCAUGUGUUCCGAGGACUUUGAUUGCUUAAACUGGCUUGACAACCAGCCUGCAAGAUCAGUCAUAUAUGCUGCCUUUGGUAGCACAUCUAAAUUCAGCCAGAACCAAAUUGAUGAAUUAGCAAUGGGGCUUGAACUCGUGGACCGCCCAUUCUUAUGGGUUGCGUGGUCAGGCCUCACUGAUGGAUUAUCUCUGAGAUAUCCUGAAGGGUUCACAGAACGAGUAGCUAAUCGUGGGAAAAUGGUCGAAUGGGCGCCUCAAGAAAUGGUGUUAGCUCACCCAUCCAUCGCCUGUUUCUUAACACAUUGUGGUUGGAACUCAACCAUGGAGAGUGUUAGCAGGGGAGUCCCGUUUUUGUGUUGGCCUUACUUUGGAGACCAGUUGUAUAUUCAGACUUGUAUACGAGACGCUUGGAAGGUUGGUUUGUCGUUGGAAAGGGAUGAAAAUGGGAUAAUUUCGAGACAUGAGAUUAAGCAGAAGCUGGAGGAAUUGCUUUCCAAUGCUGGUAUAAGAGAAAAUGUGGUGAAGUUGAAGGAAAUGGCUAGAAAGAGUGUGGGUAAAGGAGGGUCUUCCUCUAAAAAUUUUGAGAAUCUUGUUGAACAAAUGAGAGGCUGA